GUCACGCGCCGCCCUGGCAGCAGCGGGCAGCGGCUUGGCGGCUGCGCUGCUGCUGCUGCAUUUGCGUGUCGAGUGUUAGCCCUGCUGGAUGGCCUGCCGAGCGCCGAGCUCGGCUUAGCCUGGCCGCUCUGCUCUAGGCCCACCCGGAUAAUGCCCACAACGGCCGGCGCCGCCGGCCCCUCUGCGUUGCGGCCGACAUGCUGGCGAGCUAAAUAUCGCGGCAUUCCUGUGACGCGGAGUUUGCUAAGCGGAGUUUGCCUUUCAGAGUGAGACACGAUCAUGGUCACCAGUCUCGGUCGAACCAGCAUCCUGGGGCCAGGUGGUGAGCGGCCUGUUCAACUCGGUGUUCAGCCUGGGGCUGGUCGCCUGCAUCGUGAGCCACUACAGGAUGGGCGCCCGGUCGUGGAGUGAGCGGCGCAGUCGGCCGGCGCCCCACGACCCGCAGCCCUACCAGCACGUGCUCCUGCCGCCCGUGCAGUCGGCGCUGUACUCGUCGGCGAGCGCGGCGGAGCGGCAGCGGGCCGCCCUGGCCGCGGCGCGCGACGCCCAAGUGCGCGCGGCGUCGGUGCGCACCGACCUGGCGCUCGAGCUGCCACCGACGGUGGCGCUGCCCGAAGAGCACCCGCUGGCCGGCAGCGUGCGGCUGCGCGACGCCGACCAGGAGCAGGAGCUGUACGGCGCGUGCGUGCGCGCGCCGCCCAACCGGACGGUGCGCGAUGGGAGCCCGCCGUGCGGCGGCGGCCGGCUGCGGCGCGUCGUCGUGCGCUCCAACUCGGUGACCCCCUGCAACCGGACUGCGCGCUGGCACAGCCCGGACUGCCAGCGGCCCGGGGGCGUUUGACCCCGCGCCCCGCGCUAUCUGUCUUUCAAUGGGCCAUGUGAUACGCUUCAGUGCCUGCCCCCCCUCGGGCCGCCGCGGCCCGCCCCCCUCUUUGUACAAACACGCCGGAGGGAAGAAGAACAAAGUAAACGUGACGAAGGCAUUGCCAGCGCCUGCCCAGGGGACUGACCCUGGGGUCCGCAUCCAUGGUACAAAUGUCUUCACAAUUAACUCUCAAGCAUUCCUAGUCAUGUUGUUGCUUCUGCUGCGAAUAGUGCAAGUCUUAGACGAAACCAAAUGGGCAAGAGAGUGCUUGAGGACCGCUGCCGAUGGGACUUUUCUUCGCAAGUGUGUGCGCAGGUUUCUCGCCCGCUGGUCUGUGUGCCCAGAGCCAAGCCCGUGUUGCGUCGAGUGUCUUACUUGCAUUCAAGAAGCCUGUGUACAAAGGCCCACUCAUUCUCUAGCGGAAUUGGAUGCACGUGCUAGUAAAACACACAACUUUUAACCCAACAUUUUUCGUUUGUCUUUCACGUGUAUGUUCAGUAACCUAGGGACAAAAAAAAUAAACUCAGUAGUGUACAAAUUUUUUAGAAUGCAUACAUAUACUCAUGGCCUUAAGUAUUGUUUACAAAAUUGGCUGUAAAAAUGUGUUUUGCCCACAAAAGAGACAUACAGCUCUCGCCACUGAUUUUAUAAGCAAAUUAGGUAUAGACAAGCUUCGCCAGCUUUGUUGUAACCUUUGGAAAAGCUCAAACAGGGCCAUUGGACUUUUGAGCAAUAGUUCCAAUCGUUGCACUUCUUUUGUAUGUUCAUUUAUUGUGUUGCACUGUGUCCAGAGCAGUUAGUGCUUAUAGUUUUGUUUUGAAACAGCCUUGAAGAAGAUCAGCACGAAUUAUGAUGCUGAUUGCUGACGCGCUACCAGUUGAGUUUGCCAGCAACUGACUCAUUGAAGGAAAACUGUUAGUCACUAGGGUGAUGGCCUCCCCUGCGAUAGAGCAUUUGUGAAGAUAUUUUUCCAUGAUCAUUCGCGCUUGGUUCCUGCAAAGCUCAGUAGGAAAGAGUGGACAGACUGAGGGGCAGUUGUUGCGCAUGCAACAGAUGUGUAUAUAUUGUCCAAUGCCUAUUACUUGUAGAGUUCACCAUGUCAUCAUGACUGUCUAUAUUCAUCAUUAAAAAUAACUACUGCUGUACUUGUUCAUGAAAUUCAUAACUCCAAGCACAUUAUUGAGUGGCUGCAAAGUAUUCCCUCAUUUCAGCAGUCUGUGCUACCAUCUUGGUUACAGAUAUAUUUCUCAUUUAUGGUUCCCAUGCUGAGUUGUACAGACAUGAAAUUGCAAUCCCUGGCCUUGUGGGCUACGGUUCUCGCUGAGAGGUGCGGAAAGAAUCGUGGCUCGUGCAGCUACUGUGGCUCGCUGCUCUAGUGGCUGGCUGUCUCGUAAAAAGCUCUGUCUGGAGAGAAGUUGUCGUAGUCGUUGCAAAGGCAGAAUAAAAGACUGCAUGAAUCCCAGUGUUUGGGUUGGAUUAAACCAGCGAUGGUUGUUGAGGUUAGUUGGGGCUCUAUGCAAGUCGCUCCCAGCUUGCAGAAUGGACAUCUUCUAUGGAUAGCACUUCUGUCUGCUUGGAUGCCAAUGCAAAACUCGGUUUCCUUGCACCGUAGACAGACCACUUGUGAGAAAAAAUAAACUGCCUUCUGCAGAUCGUGUUCCUAACAAAACGAGCGUGGUAUAUUUUGUAGCAUAUGUGUGUAUUCUACAGACUAUGCCCGCAUCCGUAAAUUACGAUGCCUGUUCUUGUAGCAACAGAUGUAGCGAAAUGAAGCAUGAUUGACAGCACACUGAGGACUUCUGCUGGACUAAUUGAUGCUGCUGGUGCAGUGGCUGCUAUGCAACAUUUUGUUUUCUUGUUGACGCCACUAUGUGUUCAAAUUAGGGUGGCAGCUGUGUUUCGUUGUGCUGACACAGUUUUGAAAUGCAAAACAUGAACUUUGCUUUUCAUACCUCACUAGUCAUACGUGUGAACUUAGGUGUAUACUGUGGUGUCGUGGCACAAUAAAACUGGGCAUGGGAGUCAGGAUUAUGGUUCGGUUCCCCAGCGCUGCCCUGUCAGAACAGCUGCGCUUUUGCGGCACGCGACCCAUUCGACAAGGCAGCCAGUGAAGCGACCCCGGGCAUUUCUCUCUUUUUUUUUUGCGCGCUCUGACAGCAUCGCGCUGAUUUAAUUUUAUAUCCCCGUCUAAAUCUUCGAGUUGUAAGCAAGUACGCACCGAAUUUAGAUGCAUCCGUAUACGCCGAUUUCCGAAAUUGUGAGUUGCGUUUACGUCUCGGUCUUCAAUUCGAAGCUUUUAAACGCAUUGGGAUCACGAAGGAAAUUUUCAUCAGCUACAGCUGGAUGUAGUCGGCUUGCCCAGAGAUGGGUAGGGCAAUAUAUAUUUUUCCGAUAAAUGGUAAAUCACUUCUGGUAAACUGAAAGCAGGGUUCAAAAUCUCCAUCCGUUUACUAAGAGUGACUUUUGAAGGCCAUGCGCUUACUGCGCCGACACUCUCGGCUCCCGAAGGCCAGACGCUUCCUCGAACGGGCAUAAUCCUGUCGACCAUUUGCAUGAGGUGUGCGCGAAAACACGGUACAGCAGCCAGCGCAUAUCGCAUUGAAUAAGGUUCAGAUAUUUCAGUGCGAACAUUUUCACUGCAUCAGUGAAACUAUUUCUGCACUGUCAGCCGUUAACAGAUGGCCGAAUUCGUCGCUACAGCGCCGUCAUCGUGUGUCAUGCGCUGUGGAUAAAGGUUCCUGAAGGGCAUCGAAAAUGGGAUGUUAAGAAAAACUUUCAAAAUUGCCGGAAGUAGUCGUUGUCUAUUCCUGUUUUUAUUAUUUUGCUUUCUUUAGUAGGGCCGAACCGCUGUUCUGAAUGAUGCGGAGCGAACGAGGUCGUAGCUUGAGACUGCGUCCUGACGGUCCGCAGUCUGUCGUCGCGUCUGUUGUGGAGGUCGAAAAGCAAGGUUGCAGGGACACAUUGCCGGACGCCCGUGAACACUAGCCCUUGCGGCUGGUGCUUCAAAGAGCGCGCACGAAGAGGUGCUUGUACAACUGUGUGACUGAUGUAUCCCUUACACAAGGGGCCUGCAGUUGGUUUAAAUAAACGGAUAAACAUACGGCUUUUUU